GAUUCACCGUCCCUCCAUCUCCAUUUCCAUUCCAUCAGGCAGAAUGAUGGGAGAAGAUUCAGGUAUGUUCAAUGUCUCUCAAACAAUUGGCAAUGUUCCGUGCUGCAAAUGUGGUGUGCCCAUACAGCCCAAUGCUGUCAAUAUGUGUGCCCGUUGUUUACGCUCGGAGGUUGAUAUAACUGAAGGGUUACAGAAACAUGUCACCAUUACUUACUGCCCGGAUUGUGAAAGCUAUUUACAGCCUCCUAGAACUUGGAUUAAAGCCCAGCCUGAAUCCAAAGAUCUUCUAACAUUCUGUGUGAAGAGGCUGAAAUCUUUUAAUAAAGCUCGAUUGGUGGAUGCCGAGUUCAGCUGGACCGAGCCUCAUUCCAAGAGGAUCCAAGUCAAGCUUAAAAUUCAGAAAGAAGUUCUGCAGGGGGCAAUCCUUGAACAAACGUAUAUUGUUGAGUUUGUCGUCCACUAUCAGUUGUGCGAACCUUGCUCACGUAUUCAGGCCAACCCUGACCAGUGGGUGGCCGCAGUGCAGCUCAGGCAGCAUGUUUCUCACAGGAGAACUUUCUUUUAUUUGGAACAGGUCAUUCUUAAGCACAAUGCUGCUUCUCGGGCCAUACUUAUAAAACAAAUGACCCAGGGGGUGGAUUUCUUCUUUGGAAAUAGAAGUCAUGCUCUGAAGUUUGUGGAUUUUGUGGGUAAGGUGGUGCCUACCAGAAGUCGUAGCGACAAGCAACUUGUGUCUCAAGACGGCAAGAGCAAUACCUACAAUUACAAGUAUACAUUUUCCGUUGAGAUCUCUCCAGUUUGCCGUGAAGACCUCAUUUGUCUCCCACAAAAGCUGUCUGCCAGUUUGGGAAAUCUUGGCCCGCUUGUGAUCUGCACUAAAGUGACCAAUAGCAUUACUUUGCUGGAUCCGUUCACUUUGAGGCACUGUUUUCUAGAUGCUGAUCAGUAUUGGAGGGCAUCAUUUAAGCCUCUACUCACAAGUAGGCAGCUUGUGGAAUAUAUAGUUUUGGAUGUUGAACUUGUGUCUUCUGAAGUUACUGUUGGUGGUUCGAAAUAUGCUAUGGCUGAUGUCCAAGUAGCUCGUCUAUCAGAUUUCGGCAAGAAUGACAUAAUGUUCACGGUAAGAACACAUAUAGGCCAUCUUUUGAAAUCCGGGGACAAUGCCUUUGGUUAUGAUCUAUAUGGAGCCAACAAUAACGAUAUCCAGUUGGACAAAUUCAAAAGUUUUUCCCUCCCUGAAGUGAUUUUGAUAAAGAAAAGCUAUGAAGAAAAGCGGCAGAGGAAGAGGGGCAAGCCUCGUCCAUGGAAGCUCAAGUCACUUAACAUGGAAGUUGAUGACACCGGCAGAGCGAAAGACAACAAAGAGAAGGCAAUUUCAGAGUAUGAACGGUUCUUGGAAGAGUUGGAGGAGAACCCUGAGGACAUAUUUAACUUGUCACUGUACCGCAAUAAGGAAUAUCAACCCUCGGAAAUGGCAUCCGCCAGUGAUGACGAUGAUUUCCCUGCAAUCCCUCUGGAGCAACUUGCUCAUCUUCAAUUAAGUGAUGACGAUGAUGAUGUUGGCCAUGAAGGUGUCAGUAUGGCAGAGUGAAGUUGUGCUAUCUCUUUCAAGAACUUAGGAGUUCCAAAGAUGGUCAGCUUUUUACCAUUUCAAACUUGUUUGCAGAAGCUUGUGUUUUUUUGUUCUGUUAAGACCCACAUUUGUGUUGAACUCUUUGCAUGUUUAGUGUUGCAUGUUAUAUGAAAACUCCUUUGGGUUACUUUCUUUUUCACAUGUUUGGUUGAGGGGUGUUUGG